CCAACAUGGAACAUCGCUUAGAGUUGUCAAAAGUUUUCAACGGGAUCUAAAAGUUUUGAAACGUUUGUAAAAUGGGAACUCAUACGUUCGAAUGUAUAGUUUUAACAUUACUACUUUCGUUGAUCGCUUGCAAGGCUGGACAAGAAUAUCAGUACAACUAUGACGUGCUUUAUUCUGAAGGAGUUACAGCCUAUCGCGAGUCGAACUGGUACCAAUGCUACAUGAUUUUCGAAACAGCUUUGACCGAUUAUAAAUUCUUCAAAAAAACUGUGAUAGAUUGUAGGCUUUCGUGUAAAACGCAGACCAAUUCAAACAACAGCACCUUCUCGUCAAUAAUGAUGGAGAUUUUAACGAAGUCGGAGUGUAUAAGAAAAUGUAAGAAAUCCAAGAUAGGUGACCGACUUCCAGGCACUUCGAAUCAAGAAAUAGAAGAUUUAUUCAAGAAAAGAAAACCGUAUGAAUAUCUACAGUACUGUUAUUAUAAGUUGAAUAAAGUGACGAAUGCCGCAUCGGCAGCGUAUACAUAUUAUGUGGUUAACUCCGAUAAUAACGAUGCCAUCAGUAACAUUAAAUUUUAUCGUGAAAACGCUGGCGUUCGAGAUACAGAAUUCAUUGAUCUGGAGUUACGCCCAUAUAAGGAACAUUAUAUUCGAGCGAUGAUGGCGUAUGAAGAUGAGUUAUGGGAGGAAGUAGUGGAAGAAAUAGAGAAAGCGUUAUUAGAGUUCUAUAAAGAGGAGGAGAGAUGUCGAGCGGAGUGUGAAGGACCUCUUCUGACUUCAGCACCGCUAGAAUUUGUUAGUUCAAUGGCAGAACAUUAUGUAUCAAUGAUUAAAUGUCAGUAUAAUUGUGAAGAUGAAUUAAGUUCUGUUUUCCCAGAAGAUAUAGAAGAUCUCUUACCAGAACAUUAUCAUUAUCUACAAUAUACCUAUUAUAAAAUACUACAGGCUGAUAAGGCCUCCGAAGCAGCAGCCUCGUUCCUCGCAUUUAAACCAGAAGAUAAGGUUAUGAUGAAAAAUAAAGAAUAUUUUAUUAGCGAGGGUUAUGAAGAUACGCACAAACCUAGACCUGAAGUUGUAGAAUAUGUGAAGAGAAGAGAGGAGAUGAGGAAAAUAAUUGAGUAUUCUGAUAAACAUCUGGUAACCACUGACUACAGUGAAGUGAGUUCUGUGCAUGAUGACAGCAUGGAUGAUAUGUAUGGAAGAGAAGAAGAAAGUGAUGAAUCGUAUAAACCACCAUUUGAACAUUAUAUGCAUAGAUAUGAAGAUGUAGGCCUGAAAAUUAUAGCCAAUGGAAAUCAUUUAAAUGGUACGAAGAGAUUUGCCUCUGAAGGAUUUUUAAAAGAUGAACAAUGUACAGAAUUAAGUUAUAUGAUUGAGGAUUAUUAUGACAACGAAAAUGGAUCAAGAAUAAUCUCAAUAAGGGAUAUAUUUGAUAAAGUCGGCAGUAAAGAAGAUGAGUUGGAGUUAUCAUUAAGAUUAUUGUUACGAUCGUCAGAACUUAGUCGACAUUACAUGCAGAAAUAUUAUAAUUUAACAGCUCUGUAUUUUAAAAAGACUUCCAUCGUAUGUUGGGGACUCAGCAAAGAGUCCCAGUAUAAUAAACGAUGUUUACCUCAAGAGGAUGGAUCUUGUUUAGAAGAUAUUUCACAAUUACCCACCGAUGAUGAAAAUGGAUACAUGUCUGUAUUAUAUCUGAAAGAUCUGAACAACACGGCUGAUUUAUAUUUUCUCAACCAGAAUAAAACACCAUCUCGGAAUGUUUCCAGUAGAUGUGGUCGAUUGGUGGGUAUGAAACCCAAUGAAUAUCAUAACGUCACUAUACCUGACAUCGAGAUGCGGUGUGGUGUUGUCAUCAAAUAUACAACCAAUAAAAAGGAAGAAGAGAAAGACUAUGUACAGACGUUGAUCGCGCUUCAGUUGAUGGAAGACGAGAAGACGUCAGUUGCCAGAAAAAGUAGCGAAGAAGUUUUAAAAGAAUUGAAGAAAAAUGGAACAGUUGUUUCUAUGACUAGUAAUGAUCUCCGUGACAACAAGGCAUUUGUAGCAGAUGGUCUUGCUAAAGAUGGAGAAUGUGAAGUAUUACAAAAACUAGUAAAGAUGAAUGGAGGAUUAGGAGAUGGAUAUCGUUCCGUUCAUCCUCAUACAAAAAAAGAAUCAUUUUCAGGUUUAAACUUGAACAGUGUGACAAAGGUAGAGACAAUGACAUGUAGCUAAUUUGAUUCUAUAUACAGGUGUUGGGCUAAUAUAGUUUCCAUGGUGACCGUUGUCUAGCAACAAUAAAUAUAUCUUUUUAUCUUUGUGGUGUCAUACAUGUUUGGUUGUCAUGAUUCUGAAUCAAGAUUUAAACCAGACUCUGUUCUGUUUGUUUCAAUCAAAUUUUCAAUCUCGGAAGCCAUUCAAACAAAUGUUGGAAUCAGGUUGAGAACGAGACACUGGCAGAUAAAGGUUCAGAGUCUGUCUGUUGGUGUGGAUAAUUCCCCUCGAUCAUAGCACACUGUAUGGGGUAUGCCUGUCUUCAUUAGCCCGUCUGGUGCAGAAACGUGGGAUGUGAAACCCCAUUUCAUUCAUUGAUUCAUUCAUUCAUUGAUUCAUUCAUUCAGUCUGUUUUGAAUCUAAUCUGAGAAGUGAAUCUAGAUUUGAAUCCAUGGCAACGAAACAUGUACACCUUAAGACUGCUGAUCGUUAUUUACCUUUUUCACGUCUUAAACCACGUUAAUUACAAAACCGAAAUAUGGACAGAUUGAUUACUAAAACCCAAAUAUGGAGAGACUGUUUACAAAAUCCAAAUAUGGAAAGAAUUAUUAUUAAAACCCAAAUAGUAACGAGGGAUAAUCUCCAGGCUUACAUACAAUCAAAUUAAGAACAGGCCGUUCAGAAUCUGGUGAAACUUUGAAUUCAUUCCUGUCGAUACUGAAGAUUCAACAUUAACAAUGUCAUAGUUAACAGGAGAUUCAACAUCAGUGGUUUUAAAUUUUUUUAAUGAAACCUUAGUUUUAAUCUGAGCAAAAUUUUGUGAUCAAUAUGAAAAAUAUUAAAUGGCGAUCAGCGGUUUUAAGCUUUUAAACAAAAUAUUAGUUUUAACUUUUUAACCUAUGCAUAAACAAUAUUUAGAGGAUUCAGGAAAUUUUAGCUUUGCAUGUUUUCUAACAUUCUUUUAAUGGUGAUUUGUAUAGUUUAUAUUAUAUUUUAAUCAUUCUUUCUUCCCUUCUGCUAGAAUGGUGCUUUGCUAGGUGAUGGAUACGACCAUUUACAUACAAAACCUUCGCUUAUCUCCCCUCACACGAUACACGAAAUGUUCAUUGGGCUGACUGUUAACAGAGCAGCUACGGUUGGUAUUGGUAUAUUACUUAGCAUGAUAUAUAACUAUUGGUCGGAUUAACUCUACACUGCUGUAUCAAGCAAAUAUCAUUG